GGAGCUUCAUGAGCGGCACGAUGCCAAAGGCAGUUGCGCGAUGAAGCGGCUCGCGCAGCUCUUCAAGCGCCAGAAGCUGGAGGUGACCGGCUUACCUGAUGGUACUGCAGAGAUCAGGACUGCCAAGACGGAACCCUUUUAUGAAGAAAUCAACAAGAGCGAAUUGGCGUUCCAUUGGAAGUCCUUUGCGUUGCAACAUGCUUGCAGCGAGGUCUUUCGCAGCGACGCGGAAGAUGUGCACCGUGCCAUGGAGCGUGAGUUCGAACGCUUGGCACAAGACUUGCCUCACGAGCACGACGACGAGGUCCAGGAGUUGCUCUUGCGCGCGGUGCAGCGUGGCUGCCAGGCCUCGCGCUUCUGCAGGGCGGCAAGAACUCAGCGUGUGAUGCACCACCAUCGGCCGGAACUUUGAGG